AUGACUGCCACCCUUCGCGUCCUCAUCGUCGUCCUCGCCGUCGUCUCGGUCUCCCUCCGGCGCGCCGCCGCCGCCACGGUCACCGUGGAUGAGGCGUGCAAGCAGCACACCAAGUACCCGGAGCUGUGCGUGAAGUCCCUGUCGUCCGCGAAGCCGGAGGCGAAGGCGGCGGCCGAGCAGGGCGGCCUGGCAGGGCUGGCGGAGCUGUCGCUGUCGCAGGCGGCGCAGGGGGCGCUGGCCGACCUGCAGCGGUCCAAGGUGGCGGUGGAGGAGGCUAAGGACGUGGGCGCCGUGAACACGUGGCUCUCGGCGGCGAAGAUCGACGGCGACACGUGCAUGAACGACUGCCAGAAGGUGGAGGGCGGCGGCGAGAUGCAGAUCGUCGACAAGAUCGGUGACCUCGGCAAGAUGUGCUCCAUCGCCAUGUCCCUCACCGAUGCUUCUCGUAAUCGCCCCGCGGCAGCCUGA